AUGACACAGGAUGUCAUCUCCUACCUUGGCACUUUCUUCACUGACCUGGUGAUGUGGGAUACUACAAUGGAGGACUAUCUGAAGGGGAAUGAGAUCAACCCCCCAAAAAAGAAUAAGAUGACCCAGGAAUACCGAGUUCUCAUGGACAUCAUGCUGCUCCAGGUUGCUGCAGAGAAUUACACCCUAGAGCCCCAGAUUCCAUUCAGGGCCUGGUUCCCAUCUGCGGAGCAGCUCAGCGAGGAUGAUAGCUACAUCCUGUCCUGCCAGCUGGAGUCCUGGUCCUAG